AGUCUCGUCCGCCCGCUCCGUGCUUUGCUUUACUGUCUCUGCAACCGGCCUUCCUGCCUCGGGGGUCGCCUUAUCUUGCAAAAUGGCUGACAGCCGGGACGACGCCUCGGACCAGCUGAAGCUGUGGCGGAGCCAGCGGGGCUCGCAGAAACCAGAUGUCUUGACCACCGGUGCUGGGAAUCCCAUAGGGGAUAAGCUUAAUAUUAUGACAGUAGGACCACGUGGACCUCUUCUGGUUCAAGAUGUUGUUUUCACUGAUGAGAUGGCUCAUUUUGACAGAGAGAGGAUUCCUGAAAGAGUUGUGCAUGCAAAAGGGGCAGGAGCCUUUGGCUAUUUUGAAGUCACCCAUGAUAUUACCAGGUAUUGUAAGGCAAAAGUGUUUGAACACAUUGGAAAACGAACUCCCAUUGCUAUACGGUUCUCCACUGUUGCUGGAGAAUCUGGGUCAGCUGAUACUGUCCGUGACCCUCGAGGCUUUGCAAUGAAAUUCUACACAGAAGAGGGUAACUGGGAUCUUGUGGGAAACAACACUCCAAUCUUCUUCAUUCGGGAUGCAAUGCUGUUUCCAUCCUUCAUCCAUAGCCAAAAGAGGAACCCUCAGACUCACCUGAAGGAUCCAGACAUGGUGUGGGACUUCUGGAGUCUUCGCCCUGAGUCUUUGCACCAAGUGUCUUUCUUGUUCAGCGAUCGUGGUAUUCCUGAUGGCUAUCGCCAUAUGAAUGGAUAUGGAUCCCAUACUUUUAAACUGGUUAAUGCUGAUGGAAAAGCAGUUUACUGCAAAUUUCAUGCCAAGACUGACCAGGGUAUCAAAAAUCUUCCUGUGGAAGAAGCAGGAAGAUUGGCUUCUACUGAUCCUGAUUACGCCAUACGUGAUCUCUACAAUGCCAUUGCCAAGGGAAACUACCCAACAUGGUCAUUCUACAUUCAAGUGAUGACAUUUGAAGAAGCAGAGAGGUUUCCAUUUAAUCCUUUUGAUUUAACCAAGAUUUGGCCACAUGGUGACUACCCACUUAUCCCUGUGGGAAAGCUUGUCUUGAACAGGAAUCCUGUCAAUUACUUUGCAGAGGUAGAACAGAUGGCGUAUGAUCCAAGCAACAUGCCGCCUGGGAUUGAGCCCAGCCCUGAUAAAAUGCUGCAGGGUCGUCUCUUCUCAUACCCUGACACUCACAGACACCGCCUGGGACCUAACUACCUACAAAUCCCUGUCAACUGCCCCUACAGAGCUCGGGUGGCCAAUUACCAGAGGGAUGGCCCAAUGUGUGUUUCUGACAACCAAGGUGGUGCUCCAAACUAUUACCCAAAUAGUUUUACUGGUCCAGAAGAUCAGCCCAUGCUGAAGGAGAGCCGUGCCUGCGUUUCAGGAGACGUGCAGCGCUUCAAUAGCGCAAACGAAGAUAAUGUGACUCAGGUGCGAGAAUUCUACACCAAAGUGCUGAAGGAGGAUGAACGCCAGAGGCUGUGUAAAAACAUUGCUGAUCACCUUAAAGAUGCACAGCUCUUCAUUCAGAAGAGAGCUGUGAAAAACUUCACUGACGUUCAUCCUGACUAUGGUGCCCGGAUUCAGGCUUUGCUGGACAAAUACAAUGCUGAAAGUGGAAGAAAGGAUGUAAUCAGGACAUACAGACAGUCCACAUCUCGUAUGUCUGCCAAAGAUCGAUCCAACUUGUAACCCAACUUGCUGCAGAGAUUUGCUCUGUCCGUUUUCCGUCCUCCCAGCUGCAGGAGCACCUGUUGAAGACCUUCCUGAAUGUAGCAGAAUUCCAUGCAAAUGCAGAAGUGCUUUGCAGGCUUGGUUCACUUAAAACUUCUGAAGUGCCUGCAUCAGUAUUGGAAUCUUGGUAAUGCAAACUAACGAUCCUAGUGCCUCUCAACACCAGUGCUUUACUGCUUGUUAACAACAUGUGGUGUUUGUUAAGGAAAUUCAUGAUGAAACAUUGUCUUCAUGUCUAGAAGCAAACACAGGUUUAAAUCAAACUGCCUUUACUUUUUUUUUUCUUCAAUUGUAAACUUCUCUGGCUAAAUCACACAACAGAACUUAAUGAUACUGUGAUCAUCCUUACAGCUAAACUCGCUCAUAGUUGCUCAGUCUUUCAAUAAAACAAUUCUCUGUAUGCAUUUCUAGACAGCUCUUUUGAAUUGCACUUUUGUCCUUCCAGAAUUGACAUGAUAGCUAAUGAUUAAAAUGAUAGCAGAUGGGGUAAAAAUGUUAGUUUCCUCUCAUUCCUUGGUUUUUCUCGUGUGCCUGCUGACACUGCCUCAGACUGGAAAAAAGCUUGACUGAUGGUACAAAGGAUUUCAGGGCCCAGCUGCUACCUCGUAGCUGGAGCAGAUGUUACACAAAUUUCAAGUCUCAUCAGGUUUUCAACUGUCCUGGGUCUGCCUUGAGUUGUAUUUUGGAGUACUUCUGGUUUGGCUUUGGAUUGUAAAUUUGCAUUCCAGGGAGUGAUGGCAGAUGAGAUACAUAAGAGUAGACACUAAGAGCUGUUCCACGAAACUGUAGAAAGCUCCUUUUCUAGCUCACUUACCUAUUAGCCUGUGGGGCACAAUUAACUGUGACAAGCUGCAGUAAACCAAUAUGAACUGGCAGCCUGCUUUGUUCUGGGAUUCAGGUGGAUUUGUGCCUGAUCAGGCAUGUGUGAGUGGAAACAGAUCCAUGAGUGGGUGGGAAUAUUUCUUGGUGAAACACAGAAUGGGAAAGAAUUACAUAAGGCUUAAUCUUUAAUUUCAGUUGUCUGCUAAAUGUUGUCUUUCAUUUCUGAAAUAAAACUGAGUUUAACAACCU